UUUCCUCCCUGUGAGCACAAUGGUGUGCGGCUAAAUGUAAAAUUUGUUAUUUGAACGUUCAAUAAAGAUCACAGCCUCCCAACAAAAAAUUACGGUUGAAUGGCACACAUUCAUGUUGGAAAAUAGUGAACCUGUUCACGUAUUCUGCAGGAUUAAAUUGUCAAUCCUCCGAAGUUACUGUAAAUGAAGACCAAUAUAGUAGUGAAUUCGAACAGCUCAAUGUAAAUUUUGGUCAAAAUUCAACACCUUCUACCGCUUUUUCGCUGAGACGGAAUACCAAUUUUUCUGGAUCCUCUACGAAAUAUCAACCUGAGUCCAACGGGAACACUCAAACAGUCCCAUCGAGAAAAACAAAUGGAUGGCAGCCAAGGCCCAACCAACCAGCGAAUGGCACCAGAUCAAUGGGGGGAAAGAAUGGAGGGUGGCGCGGAAACCUCUCCCACCAACAAAGUGGUGUGGACCGCUGGGAGACUUGUCAGUUGGCCUUGGCUGAAGCACAGAGUCAAAAUGUGCUCUUACAAAAGCAACUACAUGAAUGUCAAACCGAACUUCGAACCGUACAAAGACAAUGCAAGCUGCAAUCGGCACGGUUAAACAAGGCGAUUGGACAUGAAGCGGACCUCCCCCGCAUUGUGGACAGGUUAACCGCCGACGUGCGUUCCCUACAGAUCAGGUUACGCGAAAAGACGAAUCAGUGCGAGGCGGGACAACGCAAAAUCAAGGAAUUGCAACACCGUAUUUUUGUGCUGGAGAGGGAACUCGAAGAGAAGCAGAACAUUGUCGUGCCAGAUGAUCUUAUACUGAAGAAACAGGCAAGUCGGAUAGAAGAGUUGCGAGCAGAGUUAGAUCGGGAAAAGAAGAAGGUUGUGUCCAUGCAACACCAGCUGGAAGUCACCAAUCGGAGUCACAAACAUCGUCUUGGUCUGGCACAGGAUCGAAUUCGUCAGCUCAAACGCUCAUCUCGAGAACUGGAGGGACAGCUAGUCGAAAGGACGCAAGUCCUUCAGGAAAAAAUCAAACUGCUGGAGUUGCAUAACAUAUACAGUCAGCGUCUCCCCAAGUCCAUCCCAGUUCACUUACCGUCAUCAGAAUUGAGCCAGGAACAAGAUUUGUACACAGCUGAAAUAGAAGUAACUGCCAAUUCGGAGACGCAGGAAACACAUUCGUCGAAAAUACUCAGUCUCAAGUCACAAAUCGGCAAAGGUAGGUUAAAAUUGAACUUUGGCAGGCAACGAAAACGCCGCUCGGACGUGUCCAACGAUUUGAGCAAAAGGAAUGAAUGCUAUGUGGAAGAGAAACACACCAAUCAGCAGUCCGAUGCCAUGCUGUGUUUCAAUGAAGUCGCCUGUGAGGAGGCGAAUUCGAAGACAAUGGAAUCAGUGACGGAUACCAGCGCCAUGGCACCUCCAGCAGACACGGGUCCUGCAUCGUCAGAGCAGUAUUCGGAUGUAGACCAAUCGGCGUCUACAGACAUAGUGAGGAAGAAGGUGAGGAUUGUUGAAUGCUCCUUAGUUCUGUGUAUUAAACCUUUCCUCGGUAACCUAACUCACCAAUUACAUGGAUCGCAUCCAUUCAUGCAAACGCUUCGGAAUAGUACGUUGGAUUCCUUUCCCACUAUUCUCGUGUACAAUUUUUUAGUCCAAUCGACAUAG